AUGAAGGAAGAGAAGGAGCACAGACCUAAAGAGAAACGAGUAAUCCUGUUAAGGCACCAGGGCACCUCACUCAGUAGCUGUGGGGCUUCAGGGGACAGCACCAAAGAGCAAGAUAGGCAGAACCACAAUAAAGAGGCUCUCAGCAAGGUAAUAAUUUGAAUAUUACCUCCUACUUUGACCAAGGAGCAACUUUAAGGAAAUCUUCAACCUGUACCUGAACAUGAUUAUUUUGAGUUUUUUCCUAAUGAUACUAGUGUGUAUCCUCACAUCAACUUUAAAAACCAGGAGAGCAUUAUUUUGUUCAGGGAUUGAUUUGAUAGAUGUGUAUUCCUUGAGAAUAAAGCUCAGGAAUAUCUUGCUAUAGUAGAAUUUGCACCUUUUCAAAAAGCUACAAAAAAGAAGCCUAAGAAAAGAGAUACUAAAGUUGGGACUACCGAUGAUGAUCCAGAAUUUAGAAUAUUUUAGUAGAGUUGUGCCACAGAUAAUGAAAAAAUGACAUCUAUUCCAGAGACACUGUUAGAAGAAAUCAAAGCUAAAAACAGAGAAAUAAAAGCUAAAAAGACAACACCACUUUUGAGCUUCCUGAAAAACAAGCAGAGGAGAGAAGAGAAAAGGGAAGAAAGAAGGCAGUGAGAAAUAGAAAGAAAAAAGACAGAUCAAGAAGAGAGAAGAAAAUAGAAAGAAGAAAAACAUAAAAGACAAAAUAUAGAAAAGUUGAAGAAGGUAGAUAGAGUACCAGAAAGGGGCAAAUCAAAGGAUGAACCAAAGAUUAAGCUGCUCAAGAAGCCAGAAAGAGGAGAUGAAAAAGAAUUGGAUAAAAGAGAAAAAGCCAAGAAACCCGACCAUGAUGAAAGGGCCAGUGGGCAGAGCUGCACACUGCCCAGGACUUCUGAGGGGGAGCUUGAAGGGGAAAAGCUGAAGAGACCUGAAGGUGAGAGUAUCAGGGACUACAGCUCUGCUACAGACAGAGACAGGGACAGAGACAGUGACAGGGACAGAGGCAGACAGAGACAGAAGAGAGAGAGAGAGAGGGAGAGAGACUGAGAGGGCAAGAAAGGGGAGCCCUGCAGGCAGAAAGAGUGCUAUGACAAAGAGAAGGCUUAUAAAAGAAAGGAAGAAAUUUAAAAAGAGAAAGAAGCACUUCCAGAUUAAGGAACGAAGAAUGAAAAUACAGAAUGAGUCACAGCAGAAAAAACUGAAAAGAAAAAGGAAGUGGUUAAGAGAGAACACAUAAGAAACAAAGAUCGCCUGGCAAGGCAGCAUUACCGACCAGGAGCUCAGAGCCAAGAUCAACUGUGUGCCCCUGAUGACAGCACCAAGUCUGGAGAUUCAGCAGUAGAAAAAAAACAGGAAAGUGGUAUUAGCCAUAGAAAAGAAAGAGGAGUGAUAGAUUAG